AUGGUCCGCGCGACACGUUUGUCAAACCUCACAUUGUCUUCAUCUCGCCCAUUCCUUCAACCCGCACCAGAAGUGUCUCACCACACUCGCCGAGCAUCUCACGAAGUCUACGACCGUCACGACCCAUCUACGUUUACGACCUUUGCGCAGCAGCGCCAGCAGCCAUCUGCCCCCCGUCCUUCUUCCUCCAAUUCAGUUGAUUACCGUCCACCUUCGGCGACAGAUUCGCAGCGCCCUCUGCGUCGAGUUCGCCGCUCACCCGACGUUCGCCAAUUGCCGCACCGUCGCACUGUCUCGCACGACGCAUCGAGUAGACAGCCGCCCCAACCACAGCCAGCACAGCAAAUCCCAGUCCUUGUUCAGCCGAGUCUAGAAGGCGGCGUCGCAGGAGUACCGCCGGCUCUCUCCGAAGCUCAUACUGACGAGAACGGGUCGACCAUCGACGAUCCGUACGAGCUUCUCAAUUCCUCGUACUGGCCGCGGAGAACCACCGGUGUUUCAUCGCGAACUGCCUCGGCCAUUCUCUUUGCGCUUGAAGAGGCCAUUCGUCGCCCCUUCGCUUUCACCACAGAUUGGGACGAAGCGAAUGCUUCUAUGUCCGAUAUGGUAGGCGUUGCUGGUCCCGCCGCGCCUGCGGGCAACGGCCGUGUUUCAAACGGUGGCUCGCGGGUGCCUCAAGCUGCCCCGGCUCCGAUCCCAGCUGCAACUUCACAAGCGCCGAGUGGCGUUCGCACCCCGACAGACAUAAUGAGACAACGUCGAGAUCGGGAGGCUCGUCGCAAAGCGGAGCAAGAGGCCCGCGAGAGGGAACAGGAAGAGUUGGAGAGACACCAAUUGGAGCAGGAGCAACAGGAGCAAGCUCAAGCUCAAGCUCAACAGUAUGCUGCUGGCGCUGCUGAUCCAGCUACACAGCGCCGUGGCCAGCCGCAACGAGCUCCCAGAGGCCCUCAAGCUCAAGUACCUCCAGAAAAUGUGGCUGUCACAGCUCCAGGGCCUACUCCUGGUUAUCGUCCUACCACCAGUACCGGACCGACAGCUCCCAGGCAGGACUAUCAAGCUCUACCUUCCCAGAUAGGUGGUCAUGAUAUGUCCGGCCAACCGCCACUGGCACCUUCAUCAAGUCAACAGCAUCUGGGGCCAACUGCUCAGCAUGCUCGCUCGCAGAGUGCAGCCGCGGCAACGGGACUUCAAACUGGGCCAACUGCUUUCUCUAAGUCUGCACCGGCUCCUGCCAGCAACCAACCUGGUGGUACCUCACAAACACUCCAGCAGCCACGCCGAUCCGGUUUCCCACAUGCCUUUGAACGGUGGGAGACACUUUCCUCCCAUUGGGAGGGUCUCACCAGCUACUGGAUCCGGAAACUCGAGCAGCAUAAUGAGGACUUGGAACGUGAUCCACUUAGCCAGCAACUCGCUCGCCAGAUCACCGACUUGUCUGCCGCGGGUGCCAACCUGUUCCACGCCGUCGUCGAACUGCAGCGGUUGCGUGCUUCUUCGGAGCGCAAGUUCCAGCGCUGGUUCUUCGACACUCGUGCCGAGCAGGAACGCUCUAAGGAGGUCCAGGCGGACCUUGAACGUCAACUGAAAGCCGAACGCCAGGGCCGCGCGGACGCAUUCGCCGCCGCUCAAACGGCCGAGCAAGACAAGACCCGUGCCGAGGAUCUCCUCCGCGAGAUGCGACGCGAGCUCCAAAUCUCCAAAGAGGAAGCUCGGCGCGCAUGGGAGGAACUUGGCCGUCGCGAACAAGAAGAGCGCGACAGAACCAACUCCCUUCGCAACGGUGAGCCCACCCUCGUCGGUGGUGUUCAAGUUGUCCCCAUGGUCCAAGGCGUCCCCAGCCGUCACACAACCCGUCCACCAACCCGUGAGGGCCCAUAUCCCGGCGGUCCAACAGCAACCUCCAUGGGUACAGACUACCCGGGCAAACCGACAGCCCCCAGCACGAGCCGCACAUACUAUGACGAAAACACGCCCAUGUCCCCAACAGGCUCCGAUCCAUUCAUCGAGCCUAAGAAGACGGAUCCCCCGGUCUCCAAGGCACCCUACCCACCCACCAGCCAACUGUAUCCGCAGGAGCCCACCACGGCAUCCUAUCCAGCCCCAACCUCCGAGCCCGACGCACACUCGUACGUCGGCAGCAGCGAGGCCGAGGAAGAAUACACCGGGUACUCACGCGACAACACCCAUCCCUUCAGCUACCCGGCCGCACCACCCUCGGAGGGCAGCGACGAGUACGACCACCACUACACCACCGACGGCGCGUACACGUCCGGCGGUAGCUCAGCGCCCGUCCACGCACCCUACCCACCGACUACAGCCGACUAUAGCGGCUCCGGCUGGGGUGUUGGUACAGGAUGGGAAUCCGUCACGCCGCGCCACCGUCACCCGACGCGUCUGAGCGACGUGCUCGAGGAAGAUGAGCCUAGUCGUACGAGUCCCAGUCGUGCUAGCCAGGCAAGUCGGAGUAUCCAGGGCGCAAGAUCUGACUUGUGA